AUGGUUAAAAAGUGGAUUGAUAAGAAAAAGGCAUAUAAUUUUGCGGUGGUGCAUAGAUCGCGUGAGGAUCCGCUUUAUUAUGAUAAUGAUGCAAAUGAUGCAGUUCUUGUGCCGAUAAAUAAUACCAACAAGAAGAGAUCAAAGAAAAAUAUUCGUUUGGAGAAUAAAACGGAAUUAGAAGAGGAAGUUUUAAAGAGUGAAAAGAAUGUUAGGUCGAAUGAGGGUGAGGCAGCUUUUUUUGGCAUACCUUUCGAUGAUUCUAAGUAUGAUUAUAUGAAACAUUUGAAGCCUAUAAAGCCAUCUGUGAACAGUGUUUUCAUCCCAAAAAAUGCCACUACUGUUAAUAAAAAUAGUGAAGGACAGUUCAAACUUAAAUUACCACAAGAGACCCUCCCAUCAAAAGAAGUCAAAUAUGAUUACCAGAGACAGCAAGGAAUUCCUGAUGAAAUUAGUGGUUUUAAGCCUGACCUUAAUGCAGAUGUUCGAGAGGCUUUGACGGCUCUGGAGGAUGAUGCCUAUCUUGAUGACACGCAGGAUCAAGAUGACACCGAUGUUUUUGGUAUUCUCUUAAAUGGAAAGAAGCAAGAAAGUUUGACGCUUGAUCAAUAUAACAAGCUUGAAGAGAAAGAGAUGCAAGAAAAGACAGACGAAUGGGAUUUAGAUGAUUUCAACGAAGAUUCCGGUGUACAAGGAGAAGUUUCACAAGGAGAUAACUUUGAUUGGGAAAAAGAUUUCAAAAAGUUUAAACAAGUGCAGACAAGUGGGAAAGUUGGUAAUGGCUGGAACACUGAUGACGAAUUUGAUAGUGAUGAAGGUGUAGAAAGUGAGGAGCAGGAUGUCGUUGGUGAGCUUCCGAACAUACUAAAUAAAGAAAGCAGGUCCAAAAGCAAGAAGGUCAAAAGAAAGAAAGGUGCGAUGACGGACACAUCAUCCUAUUCAAUGUCAUCUUCGGCGCUUUGUAGGACUGAACAGUUGAGUAUUAUAGAUGAUCGUUUCGAUGUGAUGAAGAAGAAAUAUGACCGGAAUGAUAAUGAUGAAGAAGGUGAAGAGCAACCUUUUGAUUUCAAAAAUGAGCGUUCUGACUUUGCGUCCAUGGUGGAUGACUUUUUGGACAAUUAUGAACAGAAAGGUAAGAGGAUAGUGAAGAAGGACAAAGAAGUGGAGAAGAUUAGAAAUGCAGCCGAUACUGUUUCCAAAAGUAAGCUUGCACAACGUCGGCGGAGGCAGAAGGAAAAGAGAGGUGUCUUUUCUCUUAAAGGAUUAAGUAAUGAUAUGGGAAACUUGAAAAUAUGA